AUGGAGCGCACCAAGAUGAAACUACCCAUUGUUUUAUCCACCCUGGUUCUGGAGGGCCAGUAUCCAGCAGCGGCGGGUUUGGGUAUUAAGGCAGGCAGGGGCAGGGCUUGGCCAGGUCACAGCUCGUCUUCCUCGCUGCUUUCUUUCUUGCUGAAGGUGUCCAGGACGGGACAGGGCAGGACGGGGGGAGGCUACAUGGAUUGGUGGACUUCACUGGCAGCGAGUAUUGCCUUGCUCUGGAUAUUCUGCUUCAUAGACGGUAACGCCGUGCUUGAGCUGCGGCUGCUCUUCCAUGCUCUGACCAAAGCCGCUUGCCACCUGUACCUGGCCCUGCUCCCGCUGCGCCGUGCCGCCACCCACUUCGCCGACUGCGCCAGGUACCUGCUCAACCAUGCCCAGCAGAGCCCGCCCCCCCAGGGCUACCUGCAGCAAGGCCAGCCGCUGGCCAAGAAGGGCACGCUGCACCUCCUGGAGGGCGUGUGUGUGGUGUGUGAGACGGUGCCCAACCUGAUGGGCGCGACGCUCAGCGUGGGCGCCGCCUUCUGCCACAUGCUGCAGGGAGGCUUCUACAUCCUGGCGGCGACCCUUCGCACCAUCCAGAUCAACCUGUUCUGCCAAAUGAACGGCGAGAAAGAGAGGUGGGACAGGGAGAGGACCAGGGCCAAGGAGAGCGAGAAGAAGAUGAAUUCUAAAGUUCUGGAGUACAUCUCGGUGUUCUGUCAGGACCCGGUCAGCGCGCUGCGCAUCAAGGUCGACGUGCCGCCUGUGUACCGAUAAUCCCUGGAGCACCACUUCACCGGCUCAUAAGAGGCCUUGGAACUGCCGACGGGUUAAAGGUGAUUGGUUUGAUCUGACAGGAAGCUGAACCUUGACCUUUGGUUUGUGGAAGAUGAAAAAGCUUCAUGGUGUGUUUUGUUACAUCCGUUUUGCAUUUAUUGAAAUGUAAAGAAAUAAAAAUAAUAAAGGUUUCAAACCAAUCAAUCAGACCUCCAUUCCUUCCAUUUCCUGAUUUCCCCGUUAGCUCACAGCUCAGUGGCUAACUUCACCGACAUCAUUAAAGUGCUUCUGGUUUAAUUAUCAGUCACCAAAAAUAAACUAUUCUAGUCGUAAACGUGUGUAAAUA